AUGGUCGUUCACAAUCCAAACAAUUGGCACUGGGUAGACAAAAACUGUAUUGACUGGGCUAAAAAGUACUUUCAGAAUAAACUCACGGGUUUAUCCGCCGGAAGCGAAAACGAUCCUCUGUACGCUUACAUCGCGAAUGUUAACAGUGUAGAAGGCGACUGUGAAGUGAACCAACGUAAGGGCAAGGUCAUAUCUUUGUUUGAUUUGAAAAUUGCCCUCUCAUUCAAAGGUCACGUGUCAGACGGGACUCAAUGCGAGGGAUCCAUCACGAUCCCAGAGGUUGCGUUCGAUUCAGACCCAGAGGACUACCAGUUCGACAUAUCAAUCUACCAGGAGACAAGCUCUCUGAGCCCCCUCAAGCCGUUCAUUCGUGAAAACCUAAUCCCAAAACUAAGGGAUGCGUUCAGUAAAUUCGGUGGCGAACUACUUUCCGAACAUGGUAAUGAUAUUCAGGUCCCUGAAGACCAAGUGAAAUCUACAUUUACGAAGGCCAACCAAAAGUCAUCUUUCCAGAAUAUUCCCAACAGCAACAACAAUAAUACAUCAUCUAAUGCCACUAAACCUAAUUCCAAGCCCGCAACUCCACCAGCUGCUUCUACAAAGACCGCCCCCAUCGCAAAAUCCGUGGUUAGCAACACUACAACGAUUCAUUUAGAACCUGCAUUUAACGUUCCUGCUACAGAACUUUACCGCACCUACAUCGACAAACAAAGAAUCUCAGCCUGGACAAGAUCACCACCAAGAUUUGAAGGCGACUCAGCCGCUCUUCUAAAAGUAGGCGACAAGAUGCACCUGUUUGGCGGUAAUGUGACGGUAACCCUAAAAAACUGUGACGAACCUCGCUCACUCGAUUUCGAGUGGCGCUUAAAUUCUUGGAACGCAUCACAAAUCAGCCACAUGCGUAUUGAUUUCCACGAGAGUCGGCAGUAUAACGAAACCAAAAUGGUCGUAUCAUGGAAUGGUAUCCCAAUAGGGCAGGAAGACGUGGUUCGCGAUAACUUUGAGGAAUUUUACGUCAGAUCAGUCAAGUUGACUUUCGGCUUUGGCUCAGUAUUGUAA